CCUGACUGUCGCUUCACUUUCCAGGUAGUGGAAAGGAAACACUGAAGAAUAGGAUCUCAAGAUGAGCAAAAAGCCCCCAAAUCGUCCCGGAAUCACUUUUGAGAUUGGUGCUCGUUUGGAGGCGCUGGACUACUUACAAAAAUGGUAUCCAUCACGAAUUGAAAAAAUUGACUAUGAGGAGGGCAAGAUGUUGGUCCAUUUUGAGCGUUGGAGUCAUCGUUAUGAUGAGUGGAUUUACUGGGACAGCAACAGACUGCGACCCCUUGAGAGGCCUGCAUUGAGAAAAGAAGGCCUGAAAGAUGAGGAAGAUUUCUUUGAUUUUAAAGCCGGAGAAGAAGUUCUAGCUCGGUGGACAGACUGUCGCUAUUACCCUGCCAAGAUUGAAGCAAUUAACAAAGAAGGAACAUUCACAGUUCAGUUUUAUGAUGGAGUAAUUCGUUGUUUAAAAAGAAUGCACAUUAAAGCCAUGCCCGAGGAUGCUAAAGGGCAGGUGAAAUCCCAGCAUCCACUAAGCUGGUGUUGUCCUAUCGACCCAGCUGGAUCGUGUAACCAGUCUAUGGGAAGUGAGGAUUGGAUAGCUUUAGUGAAAGCAGCUGCUGCAGCUGCAGCCAAGAAUAAAACAGGGAACAAACCUCGAACCAGCGCUAACAGCAAUAAAGAUAAAGAGAAAGAUGAGAGGAAAUGGUUCAAAGUACCUUCAAAAAAGGAAGAAACUGCAGCUUCUGUAGCCACACCAGAAGUUGAGAAGAAGGAAGAUCUGCCCACAUCUAGUGAUACCUUUGGACUUCAUGUAGAGAACGUUCCAAAGAUGGUCUUUCCACAGCCAGAGAGCACAUUGUCAAACAAGAGGAAACAUAAUCAAGGCAGCUCAUUUCAGGCAAAGCGAGCUCGGCUUAACAAGAUCACUGGUUUGUUGGCAUCCAAAGCUGUUGGGGUGGAUGGUGCUGAAAAAAAGGAAGACCACAGUGAAACGGCUCCAAUGCUGGAGCAGGCGAUUUCACCUAAACCUCAAAGUCAGAAAAAAAAUGAAGCUGACAUUAGCAGUUCUGCCAACACUCAGAAACCUGCACUGUUAUCCUCAACUUUGUCUUCAGGGAAGGCUCGCAGCAAGAAAUGCAAACAUGAAUCUGGAGAUCCUUCUGGGUGUAUAAAGCCCCCUAAAUCACCACUUCCCCCAGAGUUAAUACAAGUCGAGGAUUUGACGCUUGUAUCUCAGCUUUCUUCUUCAGUGAUAAAUAAAACUAGUCCUCCACAGCCUGUGAACCCCCCUAGACCUUUCAAGCAUAGCGAGCGGAGAAGAAGAUCUCAGCGUUUAGCCACCUUGCCCAUGCCUGAUGAUUCUCUAGAAAAGGUUUCUCCUCCCUCUCCAGCCACUGAUGGGAAAGUAUUCUCCAUCAGUUCUCAAAAUCAGCAGGAGACUUCAGUACCAGAGGUGCCUGAUGUUGCACAUUUGUCAUUUGAGAAGCUGGGACCCUGUCUCCCUCUUGACUUAAGUCGUGGUUUGGAAGUUGCAGCACCGCUAGCUUCAGAUCCCUCUUACCAUAAUGAGUGUCCCAGGGCAGACAAGGUCGAUACACAGACGCUUACAAAUCCUUCUUCCAAAGCAGUAAGUGAUGGGAGAGGAGCUGCAACGGCAUCAGGAAUAUUGAAAACAGAAAAAAAAGUGAAAUUGGAAGAAAAAAGCUCAACAGCACUUGGUAAGAGAGAGAGAAAAGAGAAGGACCGAGAGAGGAGAGAGAAGAGAGACCGAGACCACUACAGACCGAAGCAGAAGAAGAAGAAGAAGAAGAAGAAGAAAGCCAGGCAGCACGACUAUUCAGACUAUGAGGACAGUUCCCUAGAAUUUUUGGAAAGGUGCUGUUCUCCGCUCACUCGAUCUUCGGGGACUUCUCUGGCUCUGCGAAGCAUGUUUACGGAGAAAAACACAACAUAUCAGUACCCAAGGGCGAUUCUGUCCGUGGACCUCAGUGGUGAAAACUUAACGGAUAUGGAAUUCCUAGAUGACUCUUCAACAGAGAGCUUGCUUCUAAGUGGGGAUGAGUACAACCAGGACUUUGACUCAACCAAUUUUGAGGACUCUCAGGACGAGGAUGAUGCUCUUAAUGAAAUCGUGCGGUGCAUUUGCGAGAUGGACGAGGAGAAUGGCUUCAUGAUCCAGUGUGACGAGUGUCUGUGCUGGCAGCACAGCGUGUGCCUGGGGCUGCUGGAGGAGAGCAUUCCGGAGCAGUACACCUGCUAUGUCUGCCGCGACCCUCCCGGUCAGCGGUGCAGUGCAAAAUACCGUUACGAUAAGGACUGGUUGAAUAAUGGGAGAAUGUGUGGGUUAUCAUUUGUAAAAGAAAAUUAUUCUCAUCUUAAUGCCAAAAAGAUAGUUUCCACGCAUCACCUUCUUGCCGACGUGUAUGGUGUCACAGAAGUGCUGCACGGACUACAGCUGAAGAUUGGCAUACUCAAGAAUAAACACCAUCCUGACCUUCAUCUCUGGGCCUGUUCUGGGAAGCGAAAAGACCAAGAUCAAGUGAUUGCUGGGGUAGAGAAAAAGAUAACAGUGCAAGAUGCGGUUAAUCUUGAAGAAAAGAAAUGUCAUGUGCAGAAUCAUAAGGAACCACCUCGUGUGCCCCUAAAAAUGGAAGGAACCUACAUUACAAGUGAGCACAGCUACCAGAAACCACAAAGCUUUGGUCAGGACUGCAGAGCUCUUGCAGACCCCGGGAGCUCAGAUGAUGAUGAUGUUAGUAGUCUCGAGGAAGAGCAAGAUAUCCGCGUGAGAGAGAGAAGCCGUGUACAGUACUCUGUAAAAGAAGAUGGAAUGCCUGCAAAGAAUACAGCUGAAAAGAAUACAGUAUUUGUUUAUAACGAUAAAAAGGGCUCUGAAGAUCCAGGAGAUGCACAUCUGCAGUGGCAGCUCAACCUCCUUACCCACAUAGAGAAUGUGCAGAAUGAAGUCACCAGCAGGAUGGACCUCAUAGAAAAAGAAGUUGACGUUCUGGAAAGCUGGCUUGAUUUCACAGGGGAGUUAGAGCCACCUGACCCUCUCACAAGAUUGCCCCAGCUUAAACGCCACAUCAAGCAGCUCCUCGUGGACAUGGGCAAAGUGCAGCAGAUAGCAACGCUAUGCUCUGUAUGACGGCAGCGAGAACCUGCAGGAAGGACGUGGCUCUCUUCAGUGCAAUGGGUUUAUUGCCCGCAUGACUGCUGGAUGGAGAGUUAAAAGCAUAGUGCGGUUUGGUCCUUUAUUGAUUUGAGACUAGGAUGGCACCUUGAAAAGGAAAAUGAAGAACAACUUUAUCAGGGAAGCAAAUAUGAAAAAAUUUAUGAGCAAGCUGCAAAUGAUACUGUAUUAGAUGCCAAGGAUCAGUGAAAGUAAUCUAUAUCAUCUAUGCUGAAGGAAUGAGUUGGCAGGAGUUUUGAGUAGUUGAUCACAUGAAACUCAGGAUACCAGUAGAAAGAAGUAUGGUGUGUUUAUAGUGUUUACUAGGGAGAUCCUCGUCUGUAAACCAGCAUUUGGCCAAAAACAAAGUUGUAGAGGAAACCUAGAUUCUGGAGAGUUCUGUAAGUUGCCGUCAAGACCUGUUUUUGCAGUUGAUGCAGCCACAUGGAAAUUGAGGGUGUUUAAACUGUUACAGGAUUGUGAGCUGUUUCUUAGGUGAACAAUGCCCGUAGUCAGAAAACAGUAGGAGUCCCACUUCUGAGGAGAGCAGUCGUGGAGCUGUUACGUCACUCUGAUCAUAUUCUAAAAACAAACGCCAAAUAAUCGGAGUUUAUUGUGGGCAUUAAGCUCAUUGAAAACAAAAUGGGUUGCAGAAGGGUCAGUGUGCCAAAUGAGGACAAUGCGGCUGGAAAAAGAAGUUUAGGUAUUGUGGGAGUUCCCUACAGUCUUACAUAGUGCCACCAGUCCCUCCGAAACGUGUGUGCCACGUAUAUGUGUGGUUAUAUGGUGGAUUGCAGUAUACAGGCUUCGGCGCACUGCUUGAUCCUGAGCGUGCUUGGUGUUUCCUUCAGAAGAACAGUUGUGAGUCCCUCACUGGGUCGAGGAGGCACAGGGCCAUCCAAACAGCCUGCGGCCGCGGAGUUUUAAACUGGUAGCGGAAUACUGGAAAGCUCCACUUCAGAAGAUGAAUUUUAUUUUUAGAAAUAAAUGAACUCAAAUCCUUUAGCUUUGGUCACAAAUGAACACAUUUCUGAAACCAAAGGCAACUAAGUUGCUGUGUCAGCUCUUGCUGGACUCCGAGCCGGGGUCCUGUCUGCAGUGCUCUGUGAGCUGCGUGCCCAGUGCUCCACACGGGUGCGGGCGUGCGGACGCUUGUUUGAAACAAACACGACGUACAUAUGUACAUAGCCCACACAUAUUUAUAUCUACACAUAUCUAGUUUUAUUACUGUAGACUAUAAGAAUUGGUGGUUAACAUGAAAUGUUACCUUUUAACAGACUGUUUUUAAAAAUUAAAAAUGUAUGUAUAGGUUUUGAAACUCUUUUAAAAAGGGGGAAAAAGACUGUUCAGAGGAGGCUGUUUGAUAACAUAACACUUGAAUAUUUUAUGCCUCGUUCUGUGUAUCAGUUCUAGGGAUCUGUAUAAAUGCAUUUAGAACUGGUAGACAGUAAACUUGAAUUUAUCUUUGAUAAGAAUUCAUGCCACUGUACAUUCAGAUAUUAUUUAAAUUUGCAAACACACUGUUCUAUAUGUAAGGUACUGUAUGUAAAACUUUAUUAAAACUAUUCCACGGACCUGA